AUGGGAGACGCAUUUGAUAUACUAAAAAGCGUUUCAGAACAACCCAAUAAAGAUGAUGUUCAACUGUAUACCGAUUUAUUGGCAACAAAACUGAGAAGUUUUGACGAAAGAACUCGUGAAAUAAUAAACAUUGAUAAUUUGGUCUUCAAUGCUAAAAUUAAUAAUUAUGGAAAUGCUUCUUACCAGCCUAAUACUUAUUACGAUCAACCCAUGUCUACCUUACCACAAAUACCACCUAUCCAAAGUAAUACAAUACCAUCGUAUACAAAUAUUUCAUCACAAGAUAAAGUUAAUUAUCAGCCAGUACAGAUUUCACCUACAACACUUCUCAGACAGCAAGAUGUUAAAUGUCAAAAUCUAACUACAAUGUCAUCACAAUCUCCCUAUAAAAAUGUACCAACCCCUUAUCAAAAUGUAUCAUCUCCAGAAUCAAACUCAAAUAGUUCAGCUCUACAUCCUACCGAUUUAUCUGACAAUUAUUACCAUUAG